GUCAGAUAUGAUUAGCAAUUUAUUACCCAUCUAAAAUAAGGUGAGCAUUUGUGUUUGUUCUCAUUCUGGAGAAAAGGUGUAUUAAAAUUAAGAAUAUUUUGUCCAAAUCAUCUUUACAAGAUGACGGAGCUACUUAUCGAUCCUAAUAUACGUGUCUGGGUUUUCCUACCCAUUGUUUUAAUAACAUUUUUUGUUGGUAUUAUCCGUCACUACGUCUCUGUGCUGAUAUCGUCACAAAAGAAAGCAGAAAUCACACAAGUCCAAGACAGCCAAGCUAUGAUUCGAGCGCGUCUUCUACGUGAGAAUGGUAAAUACUUAACCGCCCACUCAUUCGCAAUGCGAAAGAACUUUUUCAACCACGAAGAAACUGGAUACUUCAAAACCCAAAAGCGCGCACCGGUAGCUCAAAACUCUACAGCUAUGCUAACAGACAUGGUAAAAGGAAAUUUUAUCAAUGUGUUGCCUAUGGUUAUUAUCGGUGGUUGGAUAAAUUGGAUGUUUUCAGGAUUCGUCACCACCAAAGUGCCUUUUCCUCUCACGUUACGCUUCAAACCAAUGCUGCAACGAGGUGUAGAGCUUGCGUCCCUUGAUGCAGCCUGGGUUUCAUCAGCUUCAUGGUAUUUCUUGAAUGUCUUCGGCUUGCGUUCCAUUUAUACGCUAGUAUUAGGUGAAAAUAAUCAAGCGGAUCAGACUCAAGCACAAGCUGACGCCAUGACUGGUGCUGCAAUGACAAUGCCACAAGAUCCAAAAGCAGCAUUUAAAGCCGAGUGGGAAGCUUUAGAAAUCACUGAGUACCACAGCGCAUUGAAAAAUACUGAAAAGGAUCUGCUAGUACUUGCAUUCGGUAGCGAUGCCCCAGUUGAAAAUAGCAAUCGGCAGUAACUGCCGAAUACUAACGAUUUCUAUAAAUUUUGCAUUAUAUAAAUUGCUAAUUUGCUAAAAAAUUUAGCUUAAAUUCGUAAGGCGAAUGAACAAUUUUCUUAGGUCAAAUAUAAUAGUAUGCUGUAGACCAAAUAUAUUAGUAUACUAUAAAAUAAAAUAAUUCGACAAUAAUUUGAAGAUUUAA